AUGUCCAGUCCAUCCCCAUCACCAGCAGCAGGACUACUCAGUCUCCCCCCAGAGAUUCUCUGCAUGUUGCCCAGUUUCAUCGACGACAUCGAGACAUUCACCAAUACCUCCUCGUCCUGCAGAUAUCUAUACAAUGCCCUCAAACACACCCAUCCCAAAACAAUCCUCCGUCUAGCAGCAUACUCAGGGCGAGCACUCUUUCAACCACACCCAACCUUCCUCGUCACCAUCACAGCCCGCUCCGCCAGCGACUGGGCCCUAACCCAACCAAACCGCGACGAAACCCUCUGCAAAGCAUUCAGCGGGGGCAUCGACUCCCUGUACGACUUCUGCCUAGCCCACGGCACACUCACCCUCGACCAAAUCCGCAAAACAUACAAGCAGCGCUUCUCGAUCAUAAACCGCCUCUCUGGCUCCGUCCAGCAGCUAGGCUGGAAAUGGGAGCUGCACCCAGGGUACUUCGAAGACAUCCACGACCCCAACCACAAACCCACCAAAAAGAAACGGCGCAACGACAGAAAGCCACCGAACCUGUGGAUCGAAACCGCCCUCCCGGCAUUCCAGCUCAUCAUCUACGGCGAGUUGUUCGCCCGGACCAUGGACGCCUUCCUAUCGGACUCUGAGGGUAAACUUUUACCGCGAUUCAGCAAGAACACCCGCAUGGAGUACCUCCGCACCCUUCCCAGCAGUAAUACUGGCUGGUAUUACGAUUUCGUGCAUCUACUGGAAUGGGUUGCCGUGAAGCCCUGGUGGGAAUUGAAGUGGGAGAGGGCGAUACGGCAUUAUCUAGAUCCUGAGUAUUCGCGCGAGGAUAUGUGUGUGUCUGAGGAUAGCAUGCAUGGCGGCAACGGGGAUCAACUGCUUCAGUCUCUUGAGCAUGCGCGCCGGGUGCGGAGGGUGCGUGAUCCGAAGAAGGCGAGGUUGUUGAUGGAGGCGCUGGCGAUGCAGGGGCUGGAUGGCAUGGGGCUUAUGCUGUGCAAGCGUCCUGAUAAACUGUGGGGGCAGUGUCUGGAGCGUGCAAGGAGGAUUAAUGAGCAGGUUGCUAGGAUUGAGCCGUCUGUGUGUGAAGCCUUUGAGAUGCCUGAUAUGCGGCGCGAGUUGGCGAGUGUGUGGAAGGAGUUUCAUUCAUGA